GGACAGAUUGCACAGUGUUCUUGAAACUCAGCGGAUGGAACAGCAGCGGGCAGGCUUUCAAGGAGAGCAGGUUCAUCCCUGGGGGCCAUAGUGUGGAGGAGCUGUUAACUCAAAGCUGCUUCAAUGGAUGCCUCGAAUGCAGCUUUGACUCGGAAAGCUGCAGUCACCUGGUUUACCACAACUCAAGCCUUGAAGAUCAUGAGAGAUGGCACUGUCCCAGAUUGGUUCCAUGGUAUUAUCUCCAGGAGAGAAGCUGAACAGUUACUGAAGGAUAAAGCUCUGGGCUGUUUCCUCAUUCGCGUUGGUGAGAGUCGGAUUGGAUUUAGCCUCUCCUACAGAGGGUUAGAUCGUUGUCGUCAUUUCAUCAUUGAUGUAACAACAGGCGGACAGUACAACAUCGCAGGAGAGUCAAAUUUCCACAGCGCACUGCAAGAUUUGGUGAACUUCCACACACAUGUUCCCAUUGCCCCAUUCAAUGAAUGUCUGACGAGCCCUUGUGGACAGGUGAGUCACAGAGAUGUUGAUUAUGAAGAAUUGGGUAUUUUUGUUCCCAUGGAAAAGAAUUGGAACUCACCAACUUCUUGUUCAGAUUCCUCUGCUGGGAGCUCCUAUCCAGCGAAACCGAAAUCUGUUUGCCACCAUGGGACUCCUAAUCAGCCAAAAGAAGCAGCCAGUGGCCCUCCAAUACCACUGAAAGGAGGCAGUAACAAUGUGCCCCCUUCUCUUCCAUGUCGAGGAGUGACCUCCUUGAAACCGAUGUCAGAGACCAAAGCGAUGAUUGAUGAGCUUCCCGAGCUGCAAGAUCGAGCGUCUGUGAAAAGACUCUACCCAUCAUUAAGAAAUCAGCCGACCGCAAUAUCUAUGGAGCAGCUACCCACUGCAGGAGCGACUGCUUCUGGUGCCCAGAAUCUGCUCCUUCAAAGAAACCAGCACAACUCAGAAACGAGAAUCUGGAAUAGCAGUUCAGGACCAGAUGUUUCUGAUUCAAAAUCUGAAUUUAAGCAUCAAGCAGAUGGUAAUGUCUCUGGGAGUCAUCCCAUCCCUAUCCAGAGACAGCAAACUGAUCAUGUGACAGAUACAAACAUCUUUGCUCCUACUCCCAAAUACAUAGACAACUCUCCUUCAAUUGGGAAUCAUUAUGAUCUGCUCUUCCCAGCUCACCACAAUCCCCGUCACCCUCCCAGGGCCACACGUAAAUCCGUUUCCCCAGGUCAGUCCAUAUUGCACAGGCCCACUCUUUGUUCUUUGUGCCUUGGUCAGGAAGAGCCAGUAGGUGGUUGUCAGCUUGUGACUGGCUGUGCUGAGGGAGAGGGGAGAGGACAGGCAAGUGGCAUAGUUGCUCUCCCUGAAGAGUAUAUGACUCCCCCUCCAUAUGCACCUGGAUAUUAAUCCAGACAAAAUAUUGUGAAGAAACGGAUGCUAAUAAAGUGUCUGCUUUUAUAGUUAUUUAACUGUCAGUCAGUCGCAAAAACAAAUAAUGGAUCAUUGUAGCAAACUGACUACCUGCCACACACUUGCUGCCACACACUUGCUGCCACACACCUGCCACACACCUGCCACACACCUGCCACACACCUGCCACACACCUGCCACACACUGCCUCCAUACA